GGGGAGAUGUUUUUCCGGGUAUGCGCGCCGACGCUGCGCGCAGUUAUUCAGCCUUCACUUCCUGGUUGUUGCUGUCCACCGUUUGUUCUCCUACGUCUGCAAAACUACAAUUUAAGCAAUGGUGACCAGGGUUGCCGUGGUAACGGGUGGUAACAAGGGCAUCGGCAAGGCCAUCGUGCAGGCGCUCUGUAAGGAGUUCCAGGGUGACGUUUACCUCACGGCCAGAGACGAGGGGCGGGGUCAGGACGCAGCGGCGUUGUUGUCCUCCGAGGGACUGAAGGUCAACUUCCAUCAGCUAGACAUCAACGAUGUUGGCAGCAUCGCCAAGGCGGCCGCUUUCUUCAAAGACAAGUACGGCGGCGUGGACGUGCUGGUCAACAACGCCGGCAUCGCUUUUAAAGUGGCGGACACGGCUCCGUUCAGCACCCAAGCGGAGGUCACACUGAGGACCAACUUCUUCGCCACUCAGGACAUGCUGACCCACUUCCUGCCUCUGGUCAAGACCGGAGGCCGCGUGGUCAACGUGUCCAGCUUCGUCAGCGUACGCAGCUUGAACCAGUGCAGCCCGCAGCUGCAGGAGCGCUUCCGUAGCGAGGACAUCACAGAGGACGAGCUGGAGGGACUCAUGCGGCGUUUUGUGGACCGCGCCAAGAAAGGAGAACACAAGCAGGACGGCUGGCCCGAGACGGCGUAUGGCGUGUCCAAGAUCGGGGUCACGGUUCUGUCCCUGAUCCACGCCAGGCGGGUGUCCAAAGAGAGACCAAAUGAUCAGAUCCUAAUCAACGCUUGCUGUCCCGGCUGGGUACGCACAGACAUGGCCGGACCCAAAGCCCCCAAGUCUCCAGAGGAGGGCGCUGUGACGCCCGUCUACCUGGCCUUGCUUCCUGCCGGUGAGACGGCGCCCCACGGAAAGUUUGUGUCGGAAAAAACGGUCCAAGCCUGGUGAACGCCGCUUAAAUCCUCACACUCAGCUUCGGGAUCCCAAUUUUUAUACAAGCUUUGAAAUACAAAUAAAACAUCAAAAUAAAACG